CUUAAAUCAACUCAAGAAGGAUCUAUAGCCGUUAUUGUACGUACAAGAGCUUGCCAUUAACCUAGACACCGGUUUUUAUGUAACAGGGAUCUAGUAAUAAUUACCAUCUUUCUUUGCUGAAAAUUGCACUUCCAUUUUAGAAGCAUUAUUAUUUAAACAUCAAAAUGAUUGCUGUUGGUCAACCUGCACCCAAUUUCCGCUGCGAGGCUGUAAUGCCGGACAACUCUUUCAAGGAGAUAUCCCUUUCUGACUAUGCCGGUAAGAAGUACGUUUGCUUAUUCUUCUACCCAUUGGAUUUUACCUUUGUAUGCCCAACGGAAAUCGUGGCUUUCAAUGAUGCUAUGGCUCAAUUUGAGGCUCGUAACGUCCAGAUUCUUGCUUGCAGUGUCGAUUCCAAGUUUGCACAUGUUACAUGGCGUAACACCCCCAGGGACAAGGGUGGUAUUGGCAAUGUGAUGUUCCCCGUUCUUACUGACAUCACAAAGACUGUUUGUGAUGCUUACGAAGUUUUGAUCCCCGAAGAGGGUGUAGCGCUUCGUGGUCUGUUCCUCAUCGACAAGAAGGGUAUAGUCCAGCAUUUGCAGAUUAACAAUCUUCCUUUGGGUAGAUCGGUCACUGAGGUAUUGAGGAUUAUUGAUGCUCUUCAAUUUUACGAGAAGCACGGUGAAGUUUGCCCUGCCAACUGGAAGGCCGGUGACAAAGGGAUGGCCGCCACUACGGAAGGUGUCAUCGCUCACCUUACUAGCAAGCACUCAUAAAUAAAACAAAUUACAUC